AUGGUAUCCGCGCAAGUCUUCAUGGGCGCAGCCUCCUUUGGAUGGCCACCGCCCAGAAGCUGGGACGACGCUGCUGAGAACAACGCUCCUUGCGGAUCUUCCGAGGAUCCAAGUGACAGAAUGAACUUUACAAACCAUGAAGGGUUCGUGAUUCUUUUGACGCAAGCCAAGGCUUGGGACCUUCGACUGGGCGUCUCAACCUAUUCGCAUCCCCAAAACAAUUCCCAUUUCAAGCCCCUUUUGGAGUACGUAUCUAUCGCCGAGGUCGAUGCUGGCAUCACCUGCAUCAACGUGCCCGACGCUCCACCACUCGUCAGACCAGGUCAUCCAGCUACUCUGCAGCUCAAGUACGUGUCCAACUACGGCUUGCCCUUCGGUAACAAGACUUUCUAUGUCUGUGCCGAUAUCAACUAUGUAGCUUCCAAUGACGUCCCAUAUCGGCUCCCGUGCUUCAAUACAACAGAACCCAAGACUCUCUACACAAGACCUACUAUCAGAUACAACACCUCAACCCCGGAUUGGUUAGAGGAGCUCAAGAAGAGCAACAAAAAGCCUAAAAUUGCCGAUUGGGUGUACUAUUUGUCUGCUGUUGGAGGCGCAUGUGUGGCAUUGCUUAUAGCGAUCUUGUUUUACAAGCGGGUGAUUAAGCCGAUAAGGACACGACGAUUGGAGAAAUUCAUGCAGGAGGAGGCAGCUUGA